AUGCUCGUGACGAAUCCACGGCAGUACGGACAUGUGUUGUGCAACACAAGUUCCCGCAGGGCCACAACGCAGUCCACACACGCAAACAAUUGUGGGGUUCACAAUUGCCCUGGUCCUCGGUGGUUCGUCAUAAGAGCCGGUUCUGGGGCUGGACCCGGUGCUGGGGCUGAGCCGGUGCUGGGGCAGGAGCCGGUGCUGGGGCAGGAGCCGGUGCUGGGGCUGAGCCCUGUUCCUCGGUGGUUCGUCAUAAGAGCCGGUUCUGGGGCUGGUGUCGGUGCUGGGGCUGGAGCCGGUGCUGGAGCCGGUUCUGAGGCUGGAACCGGUUCUGGGGCUAGAGCCGGUUCUGGGGCUGGAGCCUGUUCUGGGGCUGGAACCGGUGCUGGGUCUGAGCCGGUGCUGGGGCAGGAGCCGGUGCUGGGGCAGGAGCCCUGUUCCUCGGUGGUUCGGUGCUGA